UUAUCAUUUUUAGAUAUUUAUAUUUUGGUGUUUGGAUUGAAUUAAAUGAAAUAAAUAAAUAAUACUCUACAAGUUACUAGCAAUUUUCAAAUGAUAAAAAUAAAACCAAAACGCUUUGUGUAUCAUAUGGACAAUACCUACCGCUCAUAGUACACAAUACGCAUUUUCAAACAAAAGCCUUUGCGCAUUUAGCAUUAUAUUAUUCUAAAUUGCCAAAAAGUCAGAUAAUGUGUGCGGAAUACUGCUCAACGCCGAAACGAUGUCAGUUGUAUUUUCAUUUUUUAACAUAGGAAUGGAUACAGCUUAGCAGAGUUUGAAAAGUAAAUCGAUAAUGAUUUACCAUGUAUUUGGAUACAGAUGAUUUAGUGACAUCCAGUAUAAUUACAUUUAUAAUCGCAAUUGUAGUGUUUGUUCUCAGUAUUAAAGCGUUCAGAUGGUUGUCUCCUGAAAAUGAUGUGGCUGAUAAAGGUGUAUCAUCUCAUGUGUGGGUUGAAAAACCAACUUACAUAUUAAGUGAUCCAAAUGCCUGUAUCAUAUGUGAUACAUUAACUCAUGGAUCUAAAGUUCGAUACUGUGAUAAUUGUGGGAUUUUUGUUGACCUAGGCUGUGUAAAAAAAGCUAACAAACGAAUAUGCUGUAAGAUUUUAAGUACCAAUAGACCACCUAAGACUUUCAUACACCACUGGAACAAGUCUCUGUUAAUUGAUGUUGCAUGUUGUGUUUGUUCCUCGGAUGAUGACACUGAUAGUAUUCUUGGGCAUUUUUUUCAAUGUAUAUGGUGCCAGAGAUUUUUACAUGAAAAUUGUAUAACUCAAUUUAGCCAGAAAUGUGAUUUUGGAAUAUAUCGCAAAUAUAUUAUACCACCAUUUUGUAUAAAAACAACUAAUCGAUUUAAAAAUAUAUCCAAGCAAACAAUUGAAAAAAUUACUCACCCUGGUUGGGAAAACUGGACACCAUUAAUCAUAUUCGCCAACAAGAAGUCUGGUAAUAAUGAUGGAGCUAUAAUAAUUUCACAUUUCCGGCGUCUACUAAAUCCUAUACAGGUGUAUGAUGUUAUUGACUGCCCACCAGAAAAAGCUUUAGAUUGGUUAAAAAAUACACAGCUGGAAUCUGUAUUUGUCUUGGUUGCUGGUGGUGAUGGUACAGUAGCUGGUGUAUUAAACAGCAUUCAUAAUUUACAAUUAAAAAUUGAUCCUGCUGUAGGUAUUAUACCACUUGGUACAGGCAAUGACUUGUCUAGAGUUUUGGGAUGGGGAACUUCAUAUUCUGACUCUGAUUGUUCCGGAAUAGUGAAUUCUCUUGAUAAUAUUUCAGUUAUAAAAUUAGAUAGAUGGAAAGUGAACAUUUUGUCAAAUGUUUUGAAGAAGAUCAAAAUAACAAACACUAUCACAAUGUACAAUUAUUUAGGAAUUGGUUUGGACGCUCAAAUAACAUUGGAUUUUCAUCGGACUAGAAAGUCACCAUUAUAUUUAUUCAAUAGUACACUGUUGAAUAAGAUGAUAUAUGUAGGGUGUGGCACUCAACAAUUUCUAGAACAUCAGUGUAAAGGACUGCCUGAUAUGAUUGAGUUAUAUAUGGAUGACAAAAAAAUAGUUUUACCAGAUAUAGAAUCCAUUGUAAUUGUGAAUAUUGAAUCUUGGGGUGCCGGCGUGAACUUAUGGAAAUUAGGAGCUAAUGAUGGUAAUGAGUUUGGUGCUCAAUUCAUUGAUGAUGGAUUGUUAGAAGUACUUGGCAUACGAUCUUCCAUUCAUAUAGCACAGCUAAAAAUGGGAAUUUCUGAACCCAUUAGAAUUGGUCAAGCAUCUGUGAUCAGAGUAAAAUUAUUGCAAAAAUUACCAGUUCAGGUUGAUGGAGAACCUUGGCUCCAACCAAAGUGUGAAUUUGAGCUUAAGCGGUGUAACCAAGCUACAGUUUUGAAGUUGUCAAAUAUAAUUUAACAAAUUUAUAGGUAAAACUGCAAAAAAAUGGGUUUUUUUCCGUGUGGCGAGUUUCCCUCUACGGUUAAUGGGUAUAUACUCACAAGACACUGUAUAUGUAAUAUGUACCUUAUUAAGAUUUCUAGAUUGUAGAUGAGUGUUAUAAAAUUGUGUAAAAUAAUGAAUUUUCCUUCAUAUUAUAAAGAAGAACGUUAUAUUAUUAUUUAUUUGUUAAGAAAGAUUUCAUUGUUAUGAAUUACUUUUGAUUUUCUUUGAUCUGUUGUUAUUGCUAAUGAUUGUUGAAUUUUUAAUAUCAUGUUAUUAUUGUGUGUUUGUUUGCU